AUGGCCGAGCGGUACGUCGACGCCGCCGCGUUCGAAGCGUACGCAGACAGCGACGGCCAAGAACUCGUCGUAGCGCAACUCGUGAACGCGUCCGUCGACGAGGCGUACGACGCGUGGAUCCGCAUGGAGUGGAGCGGUCGCGGGCUGACGCUCGAGGCCGGAGAAGGUCGCGGCCUCGCUGGCCACCGUCGUCUCGUCCCGCUGGGAGUCGAAGAGCAGAUCCUGUCGGUGGGACUGCCCGAGCACUCGGAUCGGAUCCCCAGUGUGUGCUACGGCAUCCGCAAGAGCGGUCCGCUGCUGCUGCGGGACCAUGUGGCGCUCGUGCAGUUCGUGGCCGAUUCGUCGGCGUCUCCCUUGCAGCCCAAGACGCUCAUUCUGUGGAGCUCGAAGCUCACGCCUUCGGCUCUUGGCAGUGUCUUGCUCUGUGGCGGAUCGCUCGCUCGACUGGUGCUACGAGCAGUGCUCUCGAGCUCGUUGCGAGGCAUUGCAGCAGCUUUCCAGCAAACAUGA